UCUUUGGUGUCAUUUUGAUAACACCAUUUACGUCAUAACAAUGUUCAGUCAAAUGAUUACAACAAAAUUUCAGUAAUAAAAAUUGAAAAAAAAACAAGUAAAAAAAAAAACUAAAACACUAUUCGGGGCAAGAUGUCUUAUUUAUUCAUACCACUAAUUAUUUUAUUAUUCUUACAUCAAGCUGUUACGUUGGUUCCUCCUAAAUUCCAAUGGAAGACUAUAGACUUUGCAUGGGAAGGCUCGGAAAGAGAGUCGGCUAUCACUAACGGGUCUUAUGUACCCGUACAUAACAUGCCUACUGGAUUAGCGAGGUGGAGGGACAAGCUGUUUAUUACCAUACCGCGGUGGAAAACAGGCAUUCCUGCGUCCCUAAACUACGUAUACUUGAAUGGGACACAAGAAGCACCGUUGCAUCCAUACCCAAACUGGCGGGAAGGGUGUCUCGGCCAGAAUGGCGCUGUGGUCUCCAACCGAACGGUGGUGUCCACCUUCAGGGUGAAUGUGGAUCGGUGUGACAGGCUCUGGGUUGUGGAUAAUGGAGUCAGUGACAUGUCGAUGGACGUGAAACAAGUGACGCAGCCAUCCGUCUUGGUGUUCAACCUGAAGACGGACGAGUUGAUCAAGAAAUUCGUCCUGGAUGAAAACGUGUUGAGGGACACCUCUGUGUUGACCAGCAUUGCAGUCGAAAUAGUGGGCAAGAACUGCGCUUGUGGGAAAUCUUACGCGUACAUAACAGACAUGGGGUCCAACGCGAUAAUCGUGUACAGCAUGGAUGAUGACGACGCGUGGCGCGUGGAGAACCAUUACUUCCACUUUGAUCCCCACGCCGGGGUCUAUAAAGUAGGGGGCAUUGAUUUCUAUUGGAGCGACGGGGUCUCGUCAGGCACGUUGUCACAACCGAAGAAGAACGGUUAUUGCGACUUAUAUUUGCAUCCAACAUCGAGUACGAAACAGUUCAGAAUGUCGACGAGACUACUGCGAGACAAGGAUGUUCCUAAAGAAGAUAUCUUCAAUGGAGUUGAGAUAAUUGGUGACCGAGGUCCGAACUCCCAAGCGACGUCCUGCGAUAUAGACCCGUCCACUAACGUGUUAUUCUAUACACAGGUUUGCAAAAAUGGCCUGGGAUGUUGGAAUUUGAACAAAGAAUUUAAUGACAUCAACACUCCCUUGAUCCUCAGCGACUGCAACUUGAUGGAGUUCCCAAAUGACGUCAAAGCAGACAGAGAAGGGAACCUCUGGAUCCUGAGUGACAGACAGUCUCGCUUCCUAUACGAGGCUAUGGACUUCGACCAGGUCAACUUCAGGGUCCUCACGGCACCCACUUCUACCCUCAUUCAGGGCACGGCGUGUGAGAAGAGGUCCAUCUUUAGUAAGUGGUCGAGUAAGUGACACCAUGGUAAAAGUUCGUUAACAGACUCACCGAAUGUGCUAUGAAAGUACAAGAUUUUUUUUUAGUCCAAACAUUUGUGAAUUAAAAUAUUAUUAUUCUCUAAA